CUAGUAAAGUAUUUUUAUAAAUACACGUGAAAUAACAUGUAGCAUGUGGAAUUAUAUUAGAAAUAAAAGAAAAUUGAGAGAAGAUUAUAUUUACAUUUAUUGUUGGAGGUGGGUAAAUAAGUAGUAGCAUAUAUCCCUCCCAGUGGCAGAAGCAGAAGAAAUACAGAAGGCAGCUUUUUCUUGGGUAUUCAGUAUUCUAUUCCUUCCAACUAAAUUUUUGUAUGUUUGGGUACAGUCUGUAGAAUUCAUUUUGUUGUCCUCUUAUGGGCCGGGGUGAAUGAUUUAUUUUGCUUGGGUUGAGGAGGAAGAGUGGCAACCUCGGUAUUGGCGAAUGGCGAUGGGAAAUUAAUUAAGGGUCAAUCAUGUGGUUGAUGAUGAAUAAAAAAAAGCGGGGCACUCGUUUUUUGACCAAAGAAAGGUGACACAGUAGUUAAAGAAAGGUUGUCCCUCUCUCUCUCUCUCUCUCCCACACGGAAGAGCUAGCGCACGUAUGCAAGCAUGGCUGGAGCGAAAGAAGGCAAGGCCUUGGAUCUGAAGACGGUGAUUUGCGAGCUGGAGUCGUCAACGAUGGAAGUCCCUUCCGUGUUCGUGUGCCCCAUAUCGCUGGAGGCGAUGCAAGACCCCGUGACCCUCUGCACGGGCCAAACCUACGAGCGGUCCAACAUCCUCAAGUGGUUCUCCCUCGGCCACAACACGUGUCCCACCACUAUGCAAGACCUCUGGGACCGCUCCCUCACGCCCAACGCCACUCUCCGCCACCUCAUCCUCACCUGGUUCUCCCACAAGUACUCCGCCCUCACCAAGACACUCCACCACCUCCACGCCACCGCCUUACACCUCUUGGACACCCUCACCAAAGUCAAGGGCCAAAACAGAGUUCGCGCCCUCAAACACCUCCGCCAGCUCCUCGACUGCCACGUCUCCACCCGGAAAACCGUCCUGGAACACAACGCCCUUCCCUUGAUUUCCUCCUUCUUGGGCCCUUUCACUUCCCACGCCGUUGGCUCCGAGGUCAUUGGGAUUCUCGUCAACUUGGAUUUGUCUUCCGACUUCAAGAAGACCCUCAUGCAACCCUCCAAGGUCUCGUUGCUCGUCGACAUCAUGAACGAGGGAACCCUUCAGACCAAGAUGAACUGCGCCAACUUGAUUCAAAUCUUGUUCAUCGAAGCCAACGCCUCCGAAUCCCACGCUGAGUUUCUUUCAAGUUUGAGUCUUUUAGUCGGCUUGUUAAGGCUAGUUAGAGAUAAGAAACACCCAACUAGUGUUUUAACGGGACUCGUGUUGCUCAACAUCGUGUGUUCGCGUGAAUCGGUUAGAACCUCCCUUGUCACCCUAGGCGCGGUGCCUCAAUUGAUUCACCUUUUGCCCACUUUGAACAACGAGUGUUUGGAGAUAGCUCUUCAUAUUCUCGAGGUUUUGUCGACGCUUCCUGAGGGAAGAUUGGCUUUGAAGGAGUGUCCCAAUAUUAUUCCCAAUGUGGUCAAGUUGUUGAUGAGAGUUUCGGAGAGUUGCACGCAAUUCGCCUUGUCGAUAUUGUGGGCUAUCUACAAGCUUGCCCCACAAGAAUGUGCUUCCAAAGCUGUGGAGGCAGGGUUGGCGCCAAAGCUACUUCUAGUCAUUCAGAGUGGUUGCAACCCCGUCCUCAAGCAGAAAUCCGCAGAGUUUUUGAAAAUGUGCAGUCUAGAUUACUCUACUGGUAUUUUGAUUUCCAACUGUAUGCUUACUGCAACCAUACAAUGAAAAUUCACAUAUAUUUGUUCAUACUUAACUUCAUAUUCUUUUUCAUAUUUACCCAA